AUGUCUGAAGCGAAAGGUUCCUUUCUGGGCCUCGAGGGGCUUCACGUGUUCGUGACGGGCGCAGGUGGUGGGAUUGGUGGUGCCGCGGUCAAAGAGUUCCUUGCCUUGGGAUGUCGUGUGACAGGGUUCGAUAGGAGGGUCAUCGAGAGCUCGAAGCUAUGUUCAACCCCGGAAGAGCAAUCGAGAUUCAACGCGGUGCAGGGCGACCUGACCGUUGAAGAUUCUAUUGCGGCCUCUUUUCGGUCUGCAGUCGACAGGUUCGGCCCGGUCAACAUUCUCGUGGCCAACGCAGGGAUCACGGACGAAAGUGCUCAUCCACCGAUCUGGGAGGUCGAUGUCGCGUUAUGGGAUAAGGUUAACACCAACAAUGUCAGAGGAACAUUCUUGACUGUCAAGCACUUCUUACUCUCUGUAAAACAAGCUCAAGAAACCCAAGGUGGCGAGCUCGACAAUGUAGCUAUUGUCAUUACAGGCUCGGAGACCGGCAAGUUUGGCCAAGAAGGACACUCGGAAUAUGCAUCGGGCAAAGCAGGUCUGCAAUAUGGUCUUGUCCGAACAGUCAAAAACGAGAUUGUCCGGUUGAACUCAAAGGCUCGCAUCAACGCUGUAGCGCCUGGCUGGGUCAAUACUUCGCUGAUUGGAGAUCGCCUUGACGAUCCCAGGGAGAUGUGGUCUGAAUGCCAGGCAACGGUUGCUCUCAAGAAGAUCUCAGAGCCCGAGGACGUGGCGCGAGCAAUGGCAUUCUUGGCUAGCCAUCGUGCCGCUGGUAAUAUAUCUGGAGAAUGUGUCUCCGUAGAUGGCGGCAUGGAAGGGAGGCUCAUUUGGCGGGAGGAGCAGGUCUUUGGGCCAGGGUCCAAGUCUGGGAGUACCGGAAGCGCGAUCCAGACGACGGUGAUCCCCAGGUCCUUGAGUCCGCCAAAGAGACAGCGGCGCUUGCGAAUCUGCCUGUCGGUUGACUUCGACGCUAUAUCGGGCUACCUGGGCACUGGUCAUGAUCCCAACAAUACGCUUGCCGACUAUUCGGCGGGUGUUUUCAGUGCCAAUGUCGGUGUUGGUAGACUGCUGAACUUGUUCAAGAAACACGGUAUCUCUGACAAGCUCACCUGGUUCGUACCCGGCCACAGCCUGGAGACAUUCCCAACCCAGGCACAGGAGAUAGUGCAGAGUGGUGCGGAACUUGGAUUGCACGGAUAUAGCCACGAAGGCGCCUAUGCUAUGACCGUUGAACAAGAAAAGGAUGUUCUCGAAAAGUGCAUCGACAUCAUCACGAAACUGAAGGGUGGAAAGCGACCGGUUGGAUACCGCGCCCCUCUGUACCAGAUUCGCGAAACGACGGUACGCCUUCUCCAGGACCACGACUUUCUAUACGACAGCAGCAUGAAUGCGCACGAUUCACUUCCUUACUUCCUCCCCAAACCGUUCCCCGAGGAGCCUCCCCACGUGCCUGAUUACAGCAAAGAUGCCAAAAGCUGGAUGGUACCAACGCCUAUUCCACAACAGCCUGAAGCAGGCUCGGCAGAAGCAGAAAAUGCGCUGGUUGAAAUCCCGGGAAGCUGGUAUACCGAAGAUAUGACCCCGCUUGGGUUCUACCCGUAUUCAGUCAACACGCAAGGCUACGUUAGCGUCGACGUUGUCGAAAAGAUGUGGCUUGAUCGAUUCAACUGGAUAUGGGAGAACGAAAGUUGGUUGGACGAAGGCCCUGGCAAAGGAUAUGGGUCUGUCUAUCCCAUGAUCUGGCAUCCGGAGUCAGCUGGACGCGCACACAUUGUCGGCAUGAUUGACCGGUUCAUUUCGAAGCUGGUGGUGCGAAUGAAAGAAGCGGACGAGGGAGAAAUCACGUUCGAGUCCAUGGAAAGUGUGGCUCGAAGCUGGAAACAACGUACAUGA